AUGGGAGGUGGUGAUUUGAACACGAAAAAAGCUUGGCAUCCCAGCAAUUUAAAAAAUCAGGAACGCGUCUGGAAAGCGGAGCAAGCUGCUGCCGCCGAAAAGAAACGAAUUGAGGAAUUAGAGCGGGAACGAGCCCAAGAGAGAGAUCGAGAGGAGUUGAAUGCUUUAUCCAGACAAAAUGUUAACACUAAUACAAACCAAGAAAAUAGACUGCAUUGGAUGUAUGACAAACCAGAUAAACAGGUGCAACAAGAAGAUUAUUUGUUGGGUAAGGCAAUCGAUAAGAACUAUGACCAAGGAGAUAAGCAGGAUCAAAAUGAGAUCCCAGCGGUGUCCCGCCGAGUUGUUGGGUCUAGCAUGAUGACUGCCGGGGGUGAUGUCCAAGUGGAUCUGGCGAGGAAACUACGAGAAGAUCCAUUGUUGCUGGUGAAGGAAAGGGAGAGAGCUGCUAGAGCGGCAUUACUUAACAAUCCAAUCCAGAGACGCAAACUUACUGAGCUUCUAAGAAAAGAACAAGAAAAGAAGAAUUUAAAAAAGAAGUCCAAGAAAAGUAAAAUUGAUGAAUUACUGGCCUCCAAAUUAAGUGCCCUAGGUGGUGAGAAAAGUAUGAACUUAGCAAAAUUACUCGACUCAGACAGUUCAUCAUCAGAUAGUUCAUCAUCAUCGGAGAAGAAGAAAACUAAGAAGAAAAAAAAGAAAAAGAUGUCAAAACACAAAUCCAAAAAGCAAAAAGGAAGUGACAGUAAUGAGAAACAGGAAAAAAAUAAAAAGUCCAAAGAUAAGAAGAAACAUAAAGAUAAAAACGAUGACAGUGAUACUCGAACGAUUUCCAAACAAGAAAAAUCUCACAAUGAUUUAAAGGUUGAUGACAACAAAUAUCCUUCAUCAACGAAACGGAAAAGUCAUGUUGAUAGUGAUGAUGAACCUCAGAGGAAAAGCAGGAAAUCACAUAGAGAUGUGUCCCCAUAUCAAAGAAGAAAUGAAAGCUAUAAACAAGAUCGGUAUAGAGGGUCAAGCGGUGAUAAAAACAGAUCUAGAAGAGAAGAUGAUAGGAAAAAUUCAGCCGAUCGAAGGGGGCAAUCAAGGUCAAGUUCAAGAUAUGAUCAGAAAACACACCGGGGGAAUCAGAGAUCUGAACUAAGUCAGGAUGAGAAGGCAGCCAAAUUAGCGGCUAUGGCUCAGGCUGGUGCGGAGAGGGAAAUACAGAGAGGGAAAAGGGUCGCUGAACAAUUAGCAGAGAAAGCUUCUGAAGACACUACGACCUUGCCAAGGUCAUCCCACAAGAACCAAGCGCGGAUACUACCAGAAUCCCUCGAAAGCCGCAUCCACUCAAACCGUCACAACAUUCAACGUGAUAAACGACACAUGAAUGAACAUUUCGCUAGGAGAUGA